CACACACACACACACCCACCCACACACACAACUUCAGAAAGCAGUCCAGAAGCACUACCUCACAUGCUCACAUCAGAUCACUCGAGUUUGUCAUUGUUGGACUAAAGGAACCAGCUGGAACAAGGAGACUUCACCCUGUCAUUAUCACAUCCAUCACCGUGAGAAUAGAGGGAAAAGAGAGAGGAAAGGAGGAGGAGUAAAAGAGUGACUCAUGCCCUGGCAAACUAAAUGAUGGUCCCCUAAGGUUUGUGUAUGUGUGGACCAGCCUUAGAAAGGAAGGGUGUGUGUGCAUAAACAGCUCUACCAGAGGAAAAGAGAACUCCAACUACCAGCUGCAGUGAAAGUUUUGGAAUAAUCUGACACCCAGAGUAUCGUGAACAGAGAGCAUGUCAAAGGAGGAGGAUGAGGAGGGGAGGAUGAAGAGGCCAGAGGUGAAAGAUGAAGACCUGAUCCAGGCGAGGGAUAAACUGGCUUUUGGGACAGAAGUGAAGAGUAAGACGAUGGAGGUGAUGGAGGAAUGUGAGCGAGCUGGAAAAGUUGCUCCAUCUGUGUUCAGUAAUGUUCGUUCUGGAGCAGAGACUGCCUUCAACAAACCCUGCAAGAAAAAGUAGAAGAAAAAAAACAGAACCUACAGGAUUCACUUGCUGUAUUCCGUGUGCUAAAAUGGAUUGAGAAAAUGUUCAAUAAACAUGUAUGAAAGUCAAGAACGAGUCACACAGGAAA